AUGGAGGCGUACUGCAAGGAGAUCCGACGGCUCGAGGAUAAGUUCCACGGCCUCGAGCUCAUCGGAGAUGUGGAUCGGUGCACGGUGUAUGUGUCACUUGCACCCGGGAUGGAAAAUCCUGCGGGGGAGGAGCCGCCAAAGGAGGAUGCUCGGUGUACUCGCGCGGCGUCGGAUGUCAACCCCGACCACGCCGCCGGACAAAGGGUGGCCGAGCCUGCUUGCGCUGCUGAAGACGCGGCGCCGCAGACCACAGAUCAACCUGCGGCGGCAGCUGCUGCUACAGGCAUCGAGGGAGAGUCUGCCCCGGCGAGUGCCACGGCGAGCACUCCGCCAAGGGAUGGGGAGGCAGGAAGGACCGCUCCCCCGAGUAGCGUCGCGAAAGGGGAAGAUAGAACACCAACCCCUCCCCCUGCCGAAGAGAGGAGGGUCCCAACGGCACCCCGGGCAGGGGCCUCUUCGUCCGCAGGCGCCCCGGGCCUGGCCCAGGGGCCGGUGAUGCCUUCGACCACGACUGGUGGCGGUGCAGUGAGCGAGGAAGCCCGGGCAUCCUCCGACGACGAGGUGGAGGAAAUUGAAGGUCGCCCCCGUGAUGGCCGCCAGCACUGCUCAAGGUGA